UAACACCCUUUUCUAGGUGCCCGUUCUUCCAAGGUUGAAGCUUACAACAAUCAUUUCAUUCUUCUAUGGCCACUACGGAGUCCACCAGAUUGUAUACACGUUGUUCAUCUUCAAGGUUUCUAAAACUAUGCAACAGGCUCCCUGCUGAGAAAUUGGACGUGGUUCGAGACCUUCAGUUUGGAGGUCUUCUUCACUUAAAUUGCAAGGAGAUACGGCAUAAUAUCUGUAUAUGGCUGAUUGCCCAUUUUAACGUUGGCUUCAGACGCAUUGACAUUACAUCCCACCAAAGGUAUGAUCUGACAGCUGCUGAUGUCGGCCUUGUCUUUGGCCUCCCGACGACUGGACGGAUUCUACAUAUUGCUACUACCCCCUCUGGUCAUCCGUUCGUUUCGUAG